UUGUCACCACCCAUUUAGGAGAUCUGCAUGCCACUGGAUCUGGUCAACUGUUGAUGCCCACUCAUCUCCAUAAUUCCAACUUCAACAUUUCAUUUUUAAUGCAUUAAUCAAAGUACUUGUGCAAUGCAAUGCAAUGCAAAAUGGUCAAUCUGCUACUAAAAAUAUUCUCUUUCCUGUCGUCUUCUUCAUGUCUGUGCAUUGAACUUCUCUUCACCCACCUCUUGGUCUUGGAUUAUCCCCAUUAUUUAGUUGUUCUUUGCCUCCAACAUUGCAAGGAUCAAGAGCAAGCACAAAUUCAGGAGGAUCAGGAUCGAAAAGAAGAUAAUAUAUGGAGGGGGAGAUUAACAAGUUCAUAGAGGUUUGGAUCUCAGUCUUCGUAUGUCUUUCUUAUUGCUAUGCAAUUAGUCAUAUAGUCUCCAAAGGUCUUAUUAGACUGCUUUGUAUACUCCCAAUCUUAUGCGUCUUUCUCUUUCUUCCUCUCUAUAUCCAUUCGAUACAUCUUGGAUCCAUAUCUGCAUUUUUCAUUUCAUGGCUUGCCAAUUUCAAGCUCUUACUCUUUGCUUUUGGUCAAGGUCCUCUGUGUUCUGACCCAUCAAUCUCUCUGGGGCGCUUUGUGUCUGUUGGUUGUUUUCCCAUCAAGAUCCAACAAAAAACACCUCCAAAACCAUUCAUACAGAUACCCAGUGAUACCCCAAAUCAAACAGACUCUUCUCCACCAAUAAUGUCAAAUCCUAAUGACCACAACAAAGAAAACCCCAUUUCCAACAAGUCUGAAGAUAGCCAUGUAUUCCCCAUAAAGCAUGCAGUAAUCGGCAUCCUUUUGGCCAUUAUGAUACGCGUGUAUGGCUAUAGUGAGCAUAUCCAUCCAAAGGUCAUAUUGCUUCUCUACUGCUUUCAUAUUUAUUUCCUCCUUGAAAUCAUCCUAGCUGAGGCGACAGCCCUGGCUCAAGCCUUGUUAGGAGUGGAAUUGGAGCCACAGUUCAAUGAGCCUUACUUCACGACCUCACUACAAGACUUCUGGGGCAGGAGGUGGAACCUCAUGGUCACCAACAUCCUACGAAUGACCGUAUACAACCCCACCCGCCAUGCUGCUACAAGUGUCAUCAGACGCAAGUGGGCCCCACUCCCAGCCAUCUUAACCACAUUCUUGGUGUCAGGGCUCAUGCAUGAGCUCGUGUUCUACUGCAUGGGGCGCUUGAGGCCAACUUGGGAGGUCACUUGGUUCUUCAUCCUCCAUGGUGGUUGUUUAAUGGUUGAGAUUGUCUUGAAGAAAUUUUUCUCCAGCAGGUGGCGGUUGCCUUGGCUGAUCUCAGGGUCCUUGACCGUCGGGUUUGUUAUAGUCACCAGUUUUUGGCUGUUCUUUCCGCAGUUCCUCCGGUUCAAGGCUGACGAGAGGGCAUUUCAAGAGUACGCUGCCUUGGGUGAAUUUUGGAAGAAUGUCACUCGUAGAAUCCUUCAAGUUUUUUUAAGAUAAAUUGAAGCUGAAACUCUCUGCAAUUGAUCUUUAGCAUCAUCCUAAAUAAUCUUGUGAUAAGGCCUCUUUAAUAUCAAGCAGCUAGGUCUUGCCUAGAAGUUCGUUAAGAUCA